AUGCCUGGUUACAGUUCUGCAGGUGAAGUUGGGGAUGAGAUGCGCGGGACAACAGUCUGCUUUCCCUUGUUGGUGGCACUAGUCGAAGACCCUGAGUGGGAGGAAAGCUGUGAAUCGUCAGCAAAAGUGGGCCAUUCCAAGGAAGACAGCUUUCACAGGCGAAGAUUAGUUAACUAUCAAAGUUUCACGGCUUUGAGUGCCCGAGGGGCAGCUAUAUGGGCAGAUUUCGACGUCAAACCUCAACCUCCGAAUCCAGACUGCGAAUGUGGAGGAGAUCGCCAACUUACAGAGCCCACGCAAUACCUCCUGCAGACACAAGCAGAUAUGCAACAGCGAUAUUCGUGA